UGAAUUACAGUGUGCGUGCUAAUUGUUUACGCGUAGCGAAGUUGUUUAUAAAAUUAUUUGACAUUUUUAUUUGAAUAAAAGUAAUUUAAAAAGUGAAAGAAAAUGCCGAAAGUAGUUUCAAGAAGUAUAAUAUGCUCUGAUACGAAAGAUCAAGAAGAAUAUGGCGAAGAAAAACCAUUACACAUUUAUUACUGUUUAUGUGGUCAAAUGACGUUGAUUUUAGAUUGUGCUAUUGAAAAAUUACCAUUAAGAAAAAGAGAUGGAGCAAGGGUUAUUGAUGGCAGUAAACAUGCACAUAAAAUGACCUGCGAACAAGAUGAAGUCGUUUACCUUAAGCGUCCAGAAGGAAUAGAAAAACAAUAUCGACAAAAAUGUAAAAAAUGCGGUCUAUUCUUGUAUUACAAACAUGAUUUAAAUGUGAACGUGGUGUUUAUCGUGAAAGGUUCAGUGAUAAAGAGUUCUGGAGAAGGUCCAAUGACCGAUAUAUAUAAUCAAGUAGCAAUUGAAAAACCUAAGAAGAUAAUGGUUACUAAACAUACCAAAAAUAUGGGUAAAUUCAGUUCAGUAACUGUAUCAACGAUAGACGAAGAAGAAGAUGAGAUUGAAGCAAGAGAAGUUGCUGACUCGUAUGCGAAUAAUGCAAGAAUUAUAGAAAAACAAUUGGAAAGAAAAGGUAUGAAUAAAAGAAAAUCAAUACCACCGACGGAAACAAAUAUUAAACGGACAAGACCUAGAGGAACUUUAUUAGAUGUAUAGUUUUCCAACAAUUUUUGUCCAUAUCGUCGCAGUAAUUUAAUAAUUGUGAUAUAUUGUAAAUAAUACUUUUCUGUAAUUAUUAAUAUAAUUUUUUUUGAAACUCUUUAAUUUAAGGUAAUCAUUGGUAUAAUUUAAUUAGUAAAUAUAUUUUUAACACUUUUAGAUGUUUAUUAACAUUACAUAAAAGUAAUUAAUAUACAAAUGACUAGAUUAUAAACAUUGCAUAAAAAUUUACAUUGCAAAAUAUAGAUUAGAAUUUAAUAAAUAAAUAUAUAUUAACGUACAGUAUUGCUUAAGGCGAAGCAAGAAGUUUCUUUUUCUUUUUGUAUGUUGUGUAGAUGUUUCGAUGAAGAUAAAAACAAAAUUAUAUUAUUCUAAG